CGUCUCGCUUCGUCCGCCCCCUUCCCGCAGCACACCCCCUCCUCCCAAAACCCUAAACCCUAGCCGCCGCCGCCGCCACCACCGCCGAGGCCGACGCCGAAGCGGAAGCGGUAGAGCCAGCCAUGUACGCCGCCCUCCGCCGCGCGGCGCCACUCAGGCGGCGCGCCGUGUCCGCACUCGCGGCCGCGCUGCUCCAGCACCAGCCGGCGGCGCUGGGCGCCGCUGUGGCACCACGCGCGCCGACGCUUCUCCCCGCGGCCGCGUGGUUCCACUCCUCGCCGGCGUGGCUCGGGUUCCGGGAGACGGGGGCCGCAGGGGCGGCGGCGCGCGCGGAGUUCGCGGCGGAGGAAGGGUCGUUCUACGAGGAGGAUAAGAGGGCGCCGGCUACCGGGGGCGCCGCGGCGGAGGAGGGACUCGAGAUUGCCAAGCUCGGGAUCUCUAACAAGAUCGUCGAAAGGCUCGCCAAAAAGGGCAUCACCAAGCUGUUCCCCAUCCAGAGAGCUGUCCUUGAGCCAGCAAUGCAAGGACGGGACAUGGUUGGUCGUGCCAAAACUGGGACUGGUAAAACUUUGGCCUUUGGAAUCCCCAUAUUGGAUGCAAUUAUCCGCCACAAUGAGAAGUACAAGCCUGGUAAGUUCCCCUUGGCUAUUGUUUUGGCGCCAACAAGAGAACUUGCAAAACAGGUUGAGAGGGAGUUCCUUGAUUCCUCCCCAUUGGAAACACUGUGUGUAUACGGAGGGACUCCAAUUAUGCAGCAAAUAAGGCAACUUAAUUAUGGUGUUGAUGUGGUCAUUGGAACACCUGGACGCGUGAUUGAUCUGCUGAAAAGAGGUGCUCUGAGUUUGGCAGAGAUCCGAUUUGUUGUUCUUGACGAAGCAGACCAGAUGUUGUCUGUUGGGUUUGAUCAAGAUGUUGAGACAAUUUUGGAGAGAGUGCCUCCGCAACGUCAAACAUUGAUGUUCUCUGCAACAAUGCCAACAUGGAUACGGAAGCUCACACAGAAGUACCUUAACAGUCCUGUUACAGUAGACCUUGUUGGUGAGGACGACCAGAAGCUGGCUGAAGGAAUUAGUCUGCUCUCUGUCUCUUCAGAGAACCGUCAAAAACCAGCUGUCCUUGGGGAAUUGAUUAAGGAACAUGCAAAAGGUGGUAAAUGCAUUGUUUUUACACAAACAAAAAGGGAUGCAGAUAGAUUGUCACACAGUAUGAGUCGAAGUUUCCAAUGUGAAGCUCUUCAUGGGGAUAUCUCUCAAUCCCAAAGAGAGAGAACACUGGGAGGAUUUCGAGAUGGGCGGUUUAAUAUAUUGAUUGCCACUGAUGUUGCUGCUCGUGGAUUGGACAUUCCAAAUGUAGAUCUGGUGAUACAUUAUGAAUUGCCAAACUCGUCAGAGAUAUUCGUUCACAGAUCUGGCCGAACUGGACGUGCUGGAAAGAAGGGCACUGCAAUUGUGAUGUACAACUAUGAACAAAGUAGAGCUGUACGGGUCAUUGAACGUGACGUUGGAUGCAAGUUUACAGAGCUUCCAAAAAUUAAUGUCGAGGGGUCUGUCUUGCUGGACGCUGGAUUUGACUCCUUCGGGGGUGGAGGUGGAGGGUAUGGCGGUUCAAACUAUGGGCGCUCACGGGGCUUUGGUGGACGUGGGGGUGGUGGUUUUGGCCGAUCAGGCGGCGGCGGCGGAUUCGGCAAUUCUGGAUUUGGCCGCUCAAGUGGUGGAUUUGGUGACUCAGGAUUUGACCGUUCUGGUGGUGGAGGGUUUGGCAGGUCAGGUGGAGGUGGUGGAUUCGGUGACUCAGGAUUUGGCCGCUCAGGUGGCAGUGGAGGAUUCGGUGACUCAGGGUUUGGUCGUUCAAGUGGUGGUGGGUCUGGUUUUGGUCGUUCUGGUGGAUUUGGUGAAUCUGGUUCAGGCCGGUUUGGUGGUGGUUUUGGUAGUUCUGGCUCAGGUAGUUUCGGUGGCUUUGGUGACAAGAACUCACGAUAGACUCUUAGAAGUAAUCACAGGUAUAAAAUUAUGGAUGUCCUGAGCCAGGUUCAUCUUGGUAAUGCGUAUCGCAGUAGAGGUUGAGAUUGUCUUGGACCCAAUCCAAGAACCCUCAGGGCAAAAGUCUGGGUUUGCAGUAGCAAGGUCAUCUGGAUAUGGAUCCUUGGGAAGGCAGAAAGAAAUAAUCACGAGCCUUAUUGUUUUCUGUUUGCAUUUUGAUCCUGCAAGUUCUAGCUCUAGAUAAUACCUGUAAAAUAUGCAGAGGGUUUCUGCUGAUGAUGUUCUUGUCGGUUUUGGUAGUAGCUCCGUACUGUAUGAUCUGUGGUGUCUUGUAGGCCGUUUUAACCUGAAUGACGGUCUCUAUAUAAGCAUAUCAUAUAUAUCAAACCAUAGUCAUCAAUUGCCUCCUUGCUUU